ACGUCGUGUACUCUUAGUCACUCCUCUUAUUAUUAUGUAAACACAACCGAAUUACUAGCGUCAAAUUCUUUCACUUAAAAUCAUACUAAAAAUUACCAAUUUUAUUCGGGAAAACGAAAAGAUGCCUUCACCGUUAAUCGAAAAAAUAUCUAUGGAGCUGGGAGCUCAAGAACCUUGGCCCAAAGGUGUAAAACUAUUCCAGCCCUACGAAGUAGAACAGAUUCUUCUGCCCGAUAACGCAAACUGUUUAGCAGUUCAGGCUUUUUUGAAGAUGUGCCAGUUAGAGUUUGAAGUGGAGCCUAGAGCCAAUGCUGAGGCGAUGUCACCCACAGGAAAAGUUCCCUUUAUUAAAGCCGGAAGGUUUAUUACGGCCGAAUUAGAAGCCAUUGUUCAAUUCGUUAAUGGAAAAGGGAUUUCCCUUACAGAUAAGCUUGACAGUGACCAGAAGGCUGAUCUGAGGGCUUAUAUGACACUUAUAAGGAAUGUUGUCGAGAUUGCUGAGCUUUACAUUUGCUGGGUGGACAAAGAGACUUACAAUGAAGUGACUAGUGUCAGAAAUGGUUCUGUGUAUCCUUGGCCAUUGAAUCACAUAAAGAACAGAGAGAAAAGAAAUCAGGUUUUUAAAAAAUUGAAGGUUCUGGAUUGGUAUAAUAAAACCCUUGAGGAGGUCCAUUGUGAAUUUGAGAGUUGUUGUGAUGCCCUUAGCGUUAGAUUGGACAAUAAUCAAUUUUUCUUUUCUGUAGGGCCAACUGAGCUGGACGCCCUCGUUUUCGGUCAUUUUUUCACCAUUUUGACGACUCCACUGCCGAGAAACGACUUGGCAAAAAUUGUGAGGAAUUAUCCCUCACUAAUCAACCUGGUGGAGAAGAUAGAGAGGGAUUACUUCAAGAAAGAUGCCAGACCGCUCGAAGCGUCGAAUCUCUAAAAAAGCUAUAUAAUUUCUCGGGUUUCCCAGUGGGGCAGUGUACUAAAUAAAACAAAAUAAUCAAUUUUUAAAUACAUUUAUUUAUUCGUUGUUACAGUAUUACAAAUUUUAAUUGAUAAAAGCACCGUUAAAUGAUUCAUAUAUAUUUUUUAUGAAUUUA